AUGUGCACCCCACUGCUGGUGACACUGGUGAUACUGGUGAUGGUGCCUGCAGGGGUCUCUCCCUAUGGCUUCCGCAACUGCAUCCAGGCGCCAUGGGACCCUGGGCUGUUCCGCUGCAUCCAGCGCUUCCUGAGCACCGUGGGGGCUGCAGUGGGUGACCUCCCCUCCACUGCCACAUCCCUCAACCUCUCUCUCAAUAUCUUGCGCCAGGUGCCCCCUGGUGCCUUUGCCCACCUGCCGCAACUAUACAUCCUUGAUCUGACCCACAACCAGCUGGAACUCCUGGCCCCAGGGGCUUUCUGGGGGCUGUCAGCACUGGCCCACCUAGACCUGGCCCACAACAACAUGUCAGUGCUGGCCACAGGUGUGUUCUCUGGGCUGGGCAACCUGAGCACACUGCGGCUGGACCACAAUCCGCUACAGAAGGUGGCCCCCAGGGCUUUCCAGCCACUGGCUGCACUCAGCAUGCUCUGGCUGCGGGAUGGCUGGCUCACCGCACUGGAGCCUGUGGCCAUGGCUGUGGGGAAUCUGACGCACCUAGACCUGCUCGACCUGUGUGUCAACAUGCUGUCAACACUGGGCCCAGGGCUGCCGCCCACGCUGAGAGUCCUGCACCUCUGCAACAACUCCCUGGGAGCUCUUUCAGGGGCCACCCCUGGGGUGAUGCCCCCAGGGCUGCGUGUGCUCGACCUGUCCUACAACAACAUCUCAGACCCUGCACCACUUGCUCACCUGUGCCUGAACAACCUGACACACCUGCACCUGGCUGGGAAUCCGCUGAACGUGGUGCAGCUGCUGCACGUGGCUGGAAUCUCCCCACGCCAGGUGGACAUGUCAGGGCUACAGGUGGGCACAAGCGGCCUGGAAUACCUGUGCCAGCAGCUGAGAGGACAGCAGCUGCAGAAGCUGCACCUGCAGCGCAUAGGGCUCACAUCAAUGCCUGAUGGGGCUCUGGCCAAGUGUCCGGUGCUGGGUGCCCUGGAUUUAUCUGGCAACCGGCUGCGGCAACUGGGCUGCAUAGGGCGGCUGCUGAACCAGGCACAGCAUGCAGCACUGCAUGAGCUGGUGGCUGAGCACAACUUGCUGCAGCGGCUGCCAUCGUGCAAUGGGACCCCGGUUCUGCGGCAGCUGCACAAUGUGUCCCUGCGCUUCAACCGCAUCCUAGUGGCUGGUGCGGGUGCUUUUGACAAUGCACCAGCACUGCAGCAGCUGCGGCUGGAUGUGAAUGAGCUGGCACGGCUGGAUCGCGCAGCUCUGCGUGGACUCCAUGACCUGCGGCACCUACGCCUUGACAACAACCUGCUCACUGACCUCCUGCCUGGCUCCUUUGCUGACCUGCACCAGCUGGAAGACCUCAACCUGCGCAACAACCGUGUGGCCGUGCUCUUCCCUGGCGCCUUCAAGGGGCUUGAUCACCUGCAGACCCUUGACCUGGGGGGGAACAACCUGCGGCACUUGGCAGCCAAGGCAUUCCAGGGCCUCCCGCGGCUUUGCCGGCUUUACCUGGACCGCAACCGACUGCUGGAGGUGAGAGUGGCUGCAUUCCAGCCGGUGCAGGUGACACUGGGUGUGCUGGACCUGCGUGCCAAUGCUCUGCGCUACCUGAGCCGACACCUGCGGCAGCUGCCACCUUUCCGCUACCUGCAUAAACUCUAUGACCUGAAGCUGCAGGCACAGCAGCCAUAUGGGAUGCAUGUAGUCCCACAACGCUUCUUCCAGGGCCUCAGUGCCUUGCGCUCGCUCUACCUGUCACAGAAUUCGCUCUCGGCCAUCCCUGCCGAUGCCUUCGAUGACCUGGCACAGCUGCAGUACCUGACGCUGGCUGACAGCAAUGGCGGGAUGGGCCACCUGCCUGCCGGCAUUUUCAAGAACCUGAGCCGACUGCGCAGCCUGAACCUGGAGAGUGCAGGACUGCGCAGCCUUGGCCCUGAGGUCUUUGGCAACCUGACACAACUGAAGGAGCUGCGCCUGGCCAAGAACGGGCUGCGUACAUUGGAUGUGACUCUGGCCACCCGCCUCCCCGCCCUGCGCUAUCUGGACCUGCGCAAGUGCCCACUGAGUUGCAGCUGUGCCAAUGCCUGGCUGCCUUCCUGGCUGGCACAUGGGCCCGUGCAGGUGGUCUACCUGUAUAACUACACCUGUGGUGAGAUGGGUGGGGCCUCCGCAUACCUGCAUUGCUUUGACACGCGUGUGUGCUACCUGGACAUGGGGCGGUACCUGUUUGCAGGAACAGCACCAGCUGUGCUGCUGCUGCUAGUGCUGCCGCUACUGCACCACCAUGGGUACUGGCGCUUGCGCUACCAGCUGUUCCUGCUGCGUGCGUGGGCACAUGGGCGCUGGCGGCGGGAGCAGCGGCGCUACACCUAUGACACCUUUGUGUCCUACAACUCCGGGGAUGAGCAGUGGGUGCUGGAGGAGUUGGUGCCUGAGCUGGAGCGCGGAGCCCUGCGGCUCUGCCUGCACCACCGUGACUUUCGCCCCGGCCGCGCCAUAGUGGACAACAUUGUGGACGCUGUGUACAACAGCCGGCACACGGUGUGUGUGGUGAGUCGCGGGUACCUGCGCAGUGAGUGGUGCUCACUGGAGAUCCAGAUGGCCAGCUAUCGCCUCUUUGAUGAGCUGCGCGAUGUCCUUGUCCUCAUCUUCCUCGAGGACAUCCCUGAGGCCGAGCUCUCGGCCUUCCACCGCAUGCGCCGUGUGCUGCUGCGGCGCACACACCUGCGCUGGCCCUCCGAGCUCCCUGCACGGCCCCUCUUCUGGGCAAAGCUUAGGUGUGCCCUAAGUGGGGGGGAGGAGGACGAGGACAGGGAAAGGGGGGGCAGGGAGGAAGGGCUGCAAGAUGCAGAGAACUCGAUGGCAGCUGCAGAAGACGAAGGUAUUAGAGAGACCACCAGUGAGUUUGAUGUGGUUUACGUGGCGCAAGAGGAAAGUUUAAUACAAGUGGCGCACGAACGCGGCGACCACUGCCCUGGUCACCGAGGAGCGUCUCCCGUGAGCAUCCGGAUCCGCGACCCCGCGCUCCGGGAUUUCAAGUGCCAUUUGCCGCCGCUUCCAGGGGCAGCUCUACUUCUGUUGUUUGAAGGCUUCUGCCUCCUGGCGCUGCUGAUAACUCGUGGAGAUCCGACCCUGCAGCUUCGGGGGAAGCGCCGGAUUUCACGAGAUCAGCAGCACUCCACCGUCCCGCCACAGCUUUCUUCUUUUCGCUGCGUCCCGGUGCUGAAUUUGUUAAGUGACAUAAGGGACGCUGGGAAGGAGGCACUGCUGAAAAUCCCCGAUGGUACCACCCCCCUCCAAAACUUUUCAUCAGUUCUUCAAGACCCUGAUGAAACUUUUAUCAAGUUCGUGGACAGGUUAAAGGAGGCCAUCGACAGGCAAAUUGAGAACAUCGAGGCCCGAGAACUUCUGCGAAAAAUGGCCCUGACCAAUGCCAACCCAGAGACCAAGAAGAUCCUGAGAGCUCUUCCCCAGGAUCCGGAGCCUACCAUCGCUAAGAUGGUAGAGGCGUGCACCAAGGCGACUUCUAUGGAGCAAACAGUGGCAUUUGCGGUGAGCAAAGGGGUGGGGGAGGUGAUGGUAGACCUGAUGAAUACUCGCUGUUUUGGGUGUGGCCAGUUGGGCCACAUCCAAGCGAACUGCCCACACUGGCCGCCAGAUAGGUCUUACCACCCUUACAACCCCUCCCCGAGACCAACAUACAGGAAUCCCCGCUUCCAUCGGCCGGGAAACAGCAGGCAGAGCGCGAGGAAGGGCCGCGCCAUGACACCAAAUGGCCCGUCCCAGCACCCAGAGCUGCCAUCUUUCCCGGAGAACCACAGCCCCAGCGAUGAGGACUUGGUUUGCGUCCCGGCGGGAUUCCUGCCACCGCCCUACUGUGACUACCCCACCACUGUUUUGCUGUUAGGAGACACCGCCAACACGCCGUAUGACCUCACCAUCAUCCCAGAGGUCGUCUACUUCAAGCCGGGGACAGAGCUCACUGUCUCCGUGGGAAAGUCCAUCCCGCUUGACCUGAUGGCAGACACCGGUGCGGAUGUUACCAUCAUUCCCCAGGCAGGGUGGCCUCGCAGCUGGGAGCUGGUGUCCCCUUGUGGCACAAUCUCCGGCAUGGGAGGUGCUGUCAACUCCCACCAGAGCAAACAUCUGGUCCUUUCCCCGGUCCGUCGCCUCUUUCCCGAGUCAAUCUUUUUGCACUACAUGGACGACAUUUUAAUUUGCGCUGCUGAUGCAAAAUACCUGCGAGCAGCAUUGGAAAAGACAAUAAAGACCAUCAAGGACUCAGGAUUCCAAAUUGCGGAAGAAAAGAUCCAGCUGUCAUCCCCCUGGAAAUAUUUGGGCUUCCUAAUCACGGGAAGGACCGUUGUGCCCCAGUCCCUCACCAUCAAGGACAACCCUCAAACCCUGCGGGACUUGCAGCAGCUCUGCGGCACCAUCACGUGGAUCCAACCUCUCCUAGGACUCACCACAGAGGAGCUGUCACCGCUGUUCCAGCUGCUGAAAGGCAACGGCGACCUGGCAUCCCCACGCCAUCUCACCCCGGAUGCCUGUGAGGCCCUGGAGAGAGUCGCAGCUGCCAUCAAGUCCCGCCAGGCACAUCGGGUCGUGCGGUCCCUCUCCAUCAACUGUGCCAUCUUAGACCUGCCAGGUGACAUCACUGAGGGAAACCGGAGAGCAGACGCCCUGGCGAUGUUGGCCACCUCCACCUCUGUAAACCCUACAAUUCUAAGACCCACCUUGCCAGAUGUCCACAUGCAGGCUAAGAUGAGCCACGCCUUUUUCCACCAGAAUGCUCCGGCGCUUUGCCGUCAGUUUAAAAUCUCCAAGGAGCAGGCGCGGGCCAUCUUAGCCACCUGCCCCAAUUGCCAAUCCCACGCCUUACCAUCCUUAGUGACGGGGGUUAACCCCCGGGGACUGGGGGCAUUGGAAACCUGGCAGACGGACAUAACACACUUUCCCUCCUUUGGGCGGCUGAAGUACAUCCAUGUGUCUGUAGACACGUUCUCGGGGGCAGUGUUUGCCUCCACCCACACGGGGGAAAAAACAAAGGAUAUCAUCAAACACUUAUACAUGGCUUUCUCCACCUUGGGUGUCCUUAAAACGAUCAAAACAGACAAUGGACCAGGGUUUGUGUCCAAACAACUCAUGGAAUUCGUGCAACAAUGGGGCAUUGAUCACAUUACAGAACAGGGCCCCAGGUGGAUCCCCAGCAAGUUUAUAAAACCAUACCGGGAAGACAUUGUGAAGGAAAGCCACCCCCCGGACCACUCCCCCGAGACAACAGCUCCAGCGGAGACCACCGUCGCCUGGAACCUCUUGGCAGAAGAAGAGACCACCAGGCACGCCACCUUACAGAACAGAGCGGCCAUCAAUUUUCUGCUGCUCGCCCAUGGCCAUAGCUGCGAGGACUUUGAAGGGAUGUGCUGCUUCAACUUGACAUCGAAGAGCACAUCCAUCCAAGCCAAAAUCCAGCGGAUCCAGGCGUUAGUCAAAGACUUAAAGACUGAAACCAGGGCUAUGGACGCGGUGAACAAGACCUUCUCCCAGUGGGGUGUUCCUGGGUGUUUCCAGCUCUCCUGUUUAAAUGGCCAUGUCUAA